AUGGCACAAGAGGACUCGAAGGAGCGGGUGCGACAGAUGCAACGCAUCGCUGAAGCUGGACUGAGCAAGAUUGAAAAAGAACAGGGAAUAAAGCAAGCUGUCCUGCCUUUCGUUCGCCCAAUCACAUUGGCCAUUGACUUGGCCAAAGGCGCGGCGCAGGCAGUUCCUCAGGCGGCCAUCGCCUGCGCUGUCGUUUCCUUUGCUCUGCAGCUUUCCUUGAACCCCAUUGAGGAGAGCAAGAAAUGCCAAGAUGGCAUGCAACAUGUUGUUGACCGGAUCCAAUGGUACACCGAACUCGAGCCCUUGACGCUGCGGUUUGGGCAGAACCUGGACAAGUCGUUCGAAAAGAUACGCACCAGGCUAAAAUAUCAGGUCGUUCAAGUUUACAAGGAGCUUCUCUUGUUCUUGAUGAAGAGCGUCUGCUGGUGCUACCGAUCUCGAGUGGUGGCCUUCCUGCGCGACACCAUCAAGUUGAAUGACUGGGACGGGGGCACCAAAGCCUUAAAGGAGGCAGAAGCAGACCUUGAAAGGCACUCCAGGUUGCUGCGAGGUCACGAGUCAUUGAGUCAUGUCAGUGACAUUGAGUCGAACACGCUGGUCAUCAAGGACCAGCUCACAGGAAUGCUGUCCAUGCAGCAGAGCCUUCGCGAUGAGCAAUGUCUGCAAGAUCUGUUUAUCACCUAUCCCGAGUACGAUAAGCAACGCAUCGAGAGCAUCAAGGGGGGCCUCCUCAGGGAUCCUUGCCGCUGGGUGUUGCAGAACGACAGCUUUCGCCGGUGGCGUGACGGACAGGAGAAUCGGCUUCUCUGGAUCAAGGGUGACCCGGGAAAGGGCAAGACGAUGCUUCUGUGCGGCAUCAUUGACGAACUAAGCCUCUCCGUUUCAAAAACAGAUCGACUGGCUUAUUUUUACUGUCAGGCUACUGAUUUGCGCAUCAACAACGGAGUCGCCGUUCUGCGAGGCUUGGUCUACAUGCUGGCUCGAGAGCAUCAAGAAUUGCUGUGUCAUGUUCAAAAGAAGCACUCAGGCGCCUCCAAAUCCGUUUUCCAGGACGAAAAUGCUUGGUUCGUCUUGUCCGAUAUAUUAUCGAACAUGAUACAGAACUCCAACCUCGGCAACACGUACCUGGUCAUCGACGCCCUGGACGAAUGCAUCGUCGGCCAACAGGAGCUCCUCGAGUUGAUCGUCGAGCUAUCCUCCAAGAUACGCUCCGUUAAAUGGAUUGUGUCGAGCCGCAACCUUCAGACCAUUGGAGAUGUCCUCGAGACUGCCACCCGUGACCUCACCAUCUCUCUCGAGUUGAAUCACAGCUCUGUCUCGGAGGCCGUGGAGUGGUACACGAAGCACAAGGUCCAAGAGCUAGCACGGAAAAAACGCUACGGCAAGGAGACGCGGACCGCCGUUCUGAAGCAUCUUCUCGCAAACGCGCAAGGAACGUUCCUGUGGGUAGCAUUGGUUUGUCAUCGCUUUCCACCUGGCCUCGAUUGCCUAUAUCAGCGAAUGAUGCACCUAGUGAACCAGUCAGAGGAUGGCGAACUCUGCAAGCAAAUAUUGGCCUGCGUCGCAACUGUAUAUCGGCCGCUCGAGCUCGAGGAGAUGGCCGAGGGAGGAACGGAGAGUACCAUGCAAUCGAUCACCAGUCUUUGCGGCUCCUUCAUCACGUCGCGCCAAGGAACCCGCACCAUUCAAUUCGUGCACCAAUCGGCCAAGGACUUCUUGCUAGAUCAUCAGGGUCAGUGGCUGGGGCCGGCAUUGCUGAAAGCCCACGAAUUCAUCUUUCAUCAGUCACUCCGCGCAAUGGGGACAACGCUCGCUGAGGACGUGUACACGCUCCUCGACCCUGCGUUUCCGAUCCAGAGAAUCGAGACGCCCCGACCUGAUCCUCUGCAAGCGGUCAGGUACUCUUGCGUGUACUGGGUAGAUCACCUUGUUGAAUGGGACCCUCAAGCCCAUGGAUCAGACACACUCCUUCAGGCGUUCAAGGGAGUUGACUUAUUCCUGAGACGGAAACUUCUUCAAUGGCUUGAGUCCCUGAGCCUCAUCCGAAGCAUCUCGGAGGGGGGCUUGGCCUUGCUAAAGCUGCUGGAAUUAUUACAGCUAUACUCGUCGGCUCUCAUAUUCAGCCCGAACCUGAGCCUCACGAGGAAGCAGUUUGAGCGCGACCAUGAAAUUGAAUGGAUGACGUUGAAGCCAAAGAUGGCCGAUGAAUGGGAUGCACACCGCCAAACGCUCCAGGGUCAUACCGAUCAUGUCCGGUCUAUCGCCUUUUCUCCCGACAUGAGUCUCGUCGCUUCAAGCUCGGAGGAUUGCAGCAUUCGUAUCUGGAAGUUUGCUACGGGCUCGUCUCUGCAGAUACUGACGGGGCAUUCGGAGUGGGUUCACUCAACUGCCUUUUCCCACGACGGAAAGAUAGUGGUGUCUGGAUCGUACGACGGCACUAUCAAGGUAUGGGGCUUAUCCGACGGGAAGUGUCUCCAGACGCUGGCCGACGACCACACCAAACGGGUCACUGAGUCGAAGGGACCCUCCGAGAUGAACGGCGUACGUUCAAUCGGCGGUCAAAACAUUCAUCAACAUGCCUGGCCGACCUCUCCCGCCGAAGCAGCAGACCCUCUUAGCCGGGUCUGGGUUGCGUUUGUGAACAAUUACCACUCCAUCUCCGACAUCGAAAUCCAGAACCUCUCCCGUAUGUCUUUAACCAAAUUCCAGGUCAAUGACGCCCAGUCGAAAUACUCAGAUCCAAUCUUCUCGCUCGAUGGGACCCUGGUGUUGCUCACCACUUCGAAGCAGAGAACACUGUGGCAAACAACGACAAACACGUGUCUCCUCAGGCUGGACCUUGGGUUCUACGUCUCUGGGUUUCACGAUGUCAUCUCUCCCAAUAACGAACUCGUCGCCGUCAAGAUCAGACAGGACAUCCAAGUGAUACAUAUUUCCACCAAAGCAGUCAUCCAGACACUCAAAGGUCUGGGGUUCGAAGGCCCGACCCUUUCAUUUUCUCCGGAUAGCAGAUUCCUUGCGUCAGGAUUCCAAGAUGGCACAGUAAAAAUCUGGGAUCUAUCAGUCGGCCAGAAUGGUUCGAUUGAAGCGCAUUCUGAGAGAGUGCUCACGGUUCAUUGUUCGGAGACGGAUAACACGGUGGUCUCUAUAUCACUCAACGAUAUAAUGACCUGGGAUCCUGCUGGCAGACGCACCUCGCAAAGCGUGGAUCCUCAUGUUAUCAUGACUCCCCUCUUGUCCCACGAACCGCCGUUGAUGCUGGUAGUCCCCAAGACGGAGGAAAAUGUCGUCCACGUCAAGGCUCUUACUUCGCACGAUAUGCUCUAUACUUUAGAAGGCCAUGAUGAUGGCAUUUAUUUCAUCGGGGCCUCGCCUGAUGAAGAGAUUCUUGCGACGGCGUCAGCAGACGGCACAUGCCGCAUCUGGAACCUGAGGGACGGUAAAUGCACCAACGCCAUCGACAUCACCGUGGAAGGUCAACCGAAAUAUGAUACCGAGCUGGCGUUUUCGCAUGACAACAAGCUCCUCGCGUCAUGGGGCCGUCAAGAGAUUAGAGUCUUUGAUGCGGUGACGGGCAAUCUCGUGCAAAGCUGGGGGAAUCAUCACCAAACAGCGAUGAUGGAAUUCUCACCCAACAGCGACGAAUUGAUUGCCCUCUCCAAGAUGGGGGCUGUGAGCAUCUGGGGCUCAUCCCACGGCCAGUGCAUGCAGACGAUGGACGUCGGGACGAACCUCAAGAGCAUGGCUUUUGACGUGAGCGGCUCGCGCCUUGUGACCAAUGUGGGAACCAUUGUCUUGGGUCCGCGCGACCGAACCGACGAGACGGCGGCCCAUGGCAUCGCGCUGCACCGCGAGGGCUACGGCUUGAGCGCCGACGGGGAGUGGAUCACGCUGCACGGGAAGGACGUGCUGUGGUUGCCGCAGGACUACAGGCCCUCACGAGACUGGCGGGAACUUGCCGUCGUGGCCUUUACGAAGUCCCAGGUGGCCAUAGGCUGCGCGUCUGGGCGCGUCUUGAUCCUGAGGUUCAAGCCGCCACGGACGAGCGUGUGA